UUGAGGUAGGACCUCUCUCCCGACCCAGAGUUGGCAAGCCACCCUUUUCCGGUCGAGAACCAUGGUCUCAGAUUUGGAGGUGCUGAUCCUCAUCCCAGCCGCUUCACACUCGGCCGCGAACCUACCCAGCAAGAGCUGAAGGUCAGAGCUGGAUGAAGCUAGGAGGACCACAUCAUCCGCAAAAAGCAGAGACGAGAUUCUCCUGCCACCAAACUCGACACACUCCACACCACGGCUGCGCCUAGAAGUUUAAAAUUUGUAGUUUUUAAAAAUCCUCCUGCUCCUUUCUGGUAGGCUGGACUUGUGAUGCUGUUCACCAGCCUCCUGACUUUCUCUACAGGCCAGAAAAUCGAGUGAAGCAUGGGUGACUGGAGCUCUCUGGGGCGGUUGCUGGAGAAUGCUCAAGAACACUCCACUGUGAUUGGAAAGGUCUGGCUCACUGUCCUUUUUAUUUUCCGCAUCUUGGUCCUGGGCGCAGCAGCUGAAGAGGUUUGGGGUGACGAGCAGUCGGACUUUACCUGUAAUACACAACAGCCCGGUUGUGAGAACGUCUGCUAUGACGAGGCCUUCCCCAUCUCCCACAUCCGUUUCUGGGUGCUGCAGAUCAUCUUCGUCUCCACGCCCACACUCAUCUACCUGGGUCAUGUGUUACACAUCGUCCGAAUGGAGGAGAAGAGGAGGGAGAGGGAGGAGGACCUGAGAAAGACCGGACAGCACCAAGAGGACCAUGACCCUCUGUAUCACAAUGGGAUCGUCAAUGGAGGAGGAAGACGCGGGAAGAAGGAGAAACCCCCAAUCCGAGAUGAGCAUGGGAAGAUCUGUAUCCGUGGGGCGUUGCUAAGAACCUACAUCUUCAACAUCAUCUUCAAGACUCUGUUUGAAGUGGGCUUCAUCCUGGGACAGUACUUCCUGUAUGGCUUCCACCUGAAGCCGCUGUAUAAAUGUGGCCGAUGGCCCUGCCCCAAUACUGUGGACUGCUUCAUCUCCAGACCCACUGAAAAGACGAUCUUCAUCAUCUUCAUGCUGGUGGUGGCGUGUGUCUCCUUGGCCCUCAACCUACUGGAGAUCUACCACCUGGGCUGGAAGAAGGUCAAGCAUGGUGUCACCAAGGACUUUGUCCCUGACAGUCAGUCGCUGCUAGGUAUCGAUAAGUCGAGAGAUGCCGAGAUGAUUCCUGUACAGAUGUCUCCACCGGUUCCAAUGUAUGCUAAGGUGUGUGUGGAGGAUGGAGAAGCUGGGGAAGGAGCGUAUAGUCAAACUGAGACCACACACACAGUGAUCCCCCCAAAACCUUACACACCUACACCUGCGGGAUCCACGAUGGACGGUGUUGCGAUCCACCCAGAUGACUUCCUGUUGGGAGCUUCUUCUUUCUACGACAAAGGUGAGCGUUUGGGAAGCGAUGUGCGCCUAGUAGAAAAUCAGCAAAACUGGAACAACACAACUUUGGAGCUCCACAAUCUGGAUAGAAGAAAUUCCUCCUACCCCCCUUCUCCUCCCUCUCCUCUCACCUCUGGCUCCUCCUCUCCUGAGGACGAAAUGGCGCUGUCACAAGAAAGGCAGCUCUCAAUGUUUCCCACGCUCCCUCGCAACACCCCUCUUUCUCCCCUCGCACCGGAGGAGAUGAAGAUGGAGGCAGGUGAGGACAUGUCUGUCACCUCAGCACCUUGCACGGUGCAACAUGAUGACUUCACUGUGAUAACCAGGGCAGAGUUGCAUCAGCCACCUGCGGCUUCAGGGACAGACUUCAGGAAGCCAAGUUGGGGAAUCAGGAGCGGCGGUGCUCGAGCUCGCCCCGACGAUCUGGCGGUGUAGCUAAAAAGUACACACUCAAACAUUUCCACAACAAUGCAUACAUGCAUUAAAGAAGUUGCAAUAUUUUCUUGUUAAAAUACACCCAAGCAAGGUUUGCAACACUGUGUAUGAGAGAUAGCAUUUUCAUGUCCGUGUGAAAACUAAGGAGCUGGAGGGUCGACCAGCCGUAACGCAUAGAUGGGAAAAGAAACCGCGAGCCCAGGUCACUUUAAAGCUCAGUCUGUGGGGUAAAGUAGCUCCAGAGCUUAAUCAUUAUUUUUAUUUAUCUAUUGUAAGCUACAAAAUGCAUAUUUCGAUUGUCAGUAAAAAAAAAAACUGCUACCACAUUUUGGAACAAUACAAAUACACUAAGGAUGCAGCUAUUGCCUGUCCUAAAGGUCACGAUUUCGUAAACACCCAAUUUGUUUAACUUACACGAUGCCCUAAGAGAGACAUGACAUGAGUUCAAAACACCAAACUUCAGACCUGCGCGAGUCAUUUAGAGAAUGGACAGAGGGAUGAAGACCUCCUGCUCUGACUACAUCUGGGAGGGGAACUUGCAUGAAGACUGGGCUGCUUGUGAAUGCUUUGGGAUGGGCCCAUGGCAGCAUUAUUUGUUUGUAGAGAAAUAAGUUGAUAAAGGAGUCAUAAUACUUGCUAAAUAUAAUGACAAAGCCACUGAGUUGGCAACAGUGGUACAGCUCAGUGUUAAACUCCCAGCACUACUUGUAUUUACACCCACCACUUUUAUUCCGUACUGGUUCACUUUGCAAACUGAAUUGUCUUCCAUACCCCACAUUUCCCAUUGUUUGACAAGACUAGGGAGCACCAAGUGCUGAAAAAAGACAAAGGAUACAUUGCCUAAAGGAAACAUUUAAGCAGUUUUAGUGGUAGAUAUUGCAGAAGAUAUGGCAAAAACAAAUGUUAUCAUUACUGAGCUCAGCGUGGUCUAAAAUUUGUGAAGAAAGCAUGCCAUUCCAAACACUGUACAAAUCUGAUGAGACUGGUCCAUUCAUUAGCAUUUUUGGGUUUUAAACUGGACUUUUCCCCACAAACAUCACAUAGAAGUGUUUCUUCCGGUAUUAAAUUACCAUUGAAGGAGUUUGUUAGCUCUGGUCUCAGCUGGUAGAAGACAUUGACAUACAUAAUAACUAAAUGAAGAAACAUACUUCAAAGUAUCUGAAACACCCAAAGGUGGCUGCAGUUUAGAUCACAUCCCUCCAAAUAUAUGAAUGGGCCAUUUUCCUGACUAAAAACUGUGCUGCUACUACUACUACUAUGACUGUCCUAUGAUUGUGUGUGGGGGUAGGUAGGACUUUCAACCCAAUUUAUCAAACAUGCAAACUCCAAAAUUUAAAUAUGGCAAUUCUUGUAAACAGGUCAUUUUGGCUUCAUGUUUAAACAUCAGAAGUUGGUCGAGAGUCCGAGUUGGUGUGUGAGGUUGAGAGGUUCCAACUAGAUAUAUUCAGACUCACCUUGGUGCAUUGCUCUGGAACCAGUGUCCUUGAGAGGGCUUGGACACCACCACUCUGGAAUUAACCCCACUGAGAGGCAUCGAGCAGAGAUGGGCCUACUAGUUGCCCCCAGUCUUGGUGCCUAAAUGUUGGGGUUUACCCAGAUGAACGAUAGGGUGGCCUCCCUCCGCCGAUGUGUGGGGGGAUGGGUCGCAACAGUAUUUUGCGCUCAUGCAUCAAACUGCAGGUCAGAAUACCCACUCUUUUAGAAUCCUUAGAGGGGGCGCCGAACAACGCUCGUUCCAGCGACUCACUUGUUCUGCCGGGGGACUUUAACAGUCACAUGGGCAAUGACAGUGAGACUUGGAGGGGUGUGGUUGGGAGGAACGGCCUCACUUCCAGUGAGGAAGUGGAGUCUGGGCACUUUGGGUUGGGCUCUCCAGUUUCUGGAGCUGAGGUCACUGAGGUGGUCAAAAAACUCCUCAAUGGCAAGGCUCUGGAGUUAGACGAGAUCCGCACAGAGUUCGUUAAGGCCCUGGAUGUUGUAGGGUUGUGCUGGCUGACACAGAUCUGCAGUGUCCCAUGGACAUUAGGGGAAGUUCUGGAUUGGCAGACUGGGGUGAUGGUCCCCCCUGUUUAAAAAAGGGUAACUGCAGGAUGUGUUCCAACUUCAGGGGGAUCACACUCCUGAGCCCCCCUUGUAAGGUCUAUUAUAGUCAAACUUCUGAUUCAGGAGGAGCAACAUGGUUUUCCUAGCCGUGGAACAAUGGACCAGCUCUAUACCCUAAGGGGGUCCUGGAGGGUGCGUGGGAGUUUGCCAAACUAAUCUACAUGUGUUUGUGGAUUUGGAGAAGGUGUUCGGCCGCGUCUAUCUGGAAGCCCCGUGAGGAGUUCUUCAAGAGAAUGGGGUACCAGGCACUUUGAUAUGGACUGUUAGGUCCCUGUAUGACCGGUGCCAGAGCUUGGUCCAUAUUGCCGGCUGUAAGUCGAGCUUGUUUCCGGUGAGUGUUGGACUCCACCAAGGCUGCCGUUUGUCACAGAUUCCGUUCAUAACUUUUGUGGAGAGGAUUUCUAGGUAUGUCCAAGACAUUGAGGGGAUUCAUUUUGGUGGCCUAAGGAUCAGGUCUCUGAUUUUUGCAGAUGAUGUGGUCCUGUUGGGAUGAGAAUCAGCUCCUCUAAAUCCGAGAACAUGGUCUUGAAUCGAAAAAGGGUUGACUGCCUACUCCAGGUCAGGGACAAGGUCCUGCCUCAUGUGGAGGAGUUUAAGUAUCUCAGAUUCUUGUUCACAAGUGAGGGAAAGGGGGAGCACAAGAUCGAUAGGCGGUUUGGUGAUGCGUCUGCAGUAAUGUGGGCUUUGUACCAGUCUGUCUCUUAAUUUACUGGUCGAUAUACAUGCCUACCCUCAUCUAUGGUCACAAGCUUUGGGUAGUGACUGAAAGAACAAGAUUGUGGAUACAAGCGGCUGAAAUGUUUUUUUCUCCACAGGGUUUCUGGGCUCUCCCUUAGAGAUAAAGUAAGAAGCUUAGUCAUCUGUUAGGUGCUUGAAAUAGAUCCACAGCUCCUUCACAUCGAGAGGAGCCAUUUGAGGUGGCUCGGACAUCUGGUUUAGGAUGCCCCCUGGAUGCCUCCCUGGUGAGGUUUUUCAGGGCAUGUCCAACUGUGGGGAGACCCAAAGGAAGACUCGGGACACGCUGAAGGAGCUUUGUUUCUCAGCUGACCAGGGAACGCCUUGGGACUCCCCCGGAGAAGCUGGCCCAAGUAGCUGGGGAGAGGGAUGUCUGGGCCUCUGCCUAGGCUGCUGCCCCUGCAACCCAACCCCGGAUAAGCAGAGGAAAAUGGAUGGAUGGAAGUUUGUCAAGACACUAUGUAUGUACAGUAUUUUAUGUAAGUUGAGUAAAAACAUGGCGUUGAUACAAAUGCUAAAACAGAAAUUUCUCAUGCAUAUAGAGGUUGCAAGAACGGGCAUUAAAGCAGAACUCACUGUAAAGUCACACUAAUGUCUGUGAUAUAUUGCUAGAUUUCAAGUAUUGCUAAAUAGAAGGCUUGCUCUCAUGGCAAAUUUGUGUGACAGAAGUUUCCCAUGGACAGACUAGAGCAGUGGUUAUCAAGCCUGAUCCUGGUGAGCCGUUGUCCAGCGUAUUUUUGUUUUAACCUUGCUUCAACACACCAGAUUUCCACCAGCAGGUGAUUAGCAGGCUUCUUAAAGCUUGAUGAGCGUCUGCACAGGUGUUUCAACCAGUGAAUCAAGUAUACUGGAGCAGAGGAAAUACAAAACAUGCUGGAAACCGGUCCUGCAGGACCAGGAUUGAGAACCACUGGACUAGAGUUCAAGUUAGCCAAGAGAGAAUGUUUUUCCCGCUCUUUCUUAUGCUGCUGUGCUAAUUUGUUUAGGUGAUAGCUAGCCUUGCUACUUCUCAUAGAUUCAGAUAACAGGCAAAAUGACAUUUUUGGAAGGCAUUUAGCUUCUCAUCUCAGAAUUUUUAUCAACUGAAAGCAAAAAGAGCUAAUUUCUUAAACUUUAGUGUAGCUGGUCUGCUAAUGCAGGACUUCCAUGCCCUGGUUGCCUGACAACCAUUGCUAGCAUAUUUCCACGUUACUUUUACUGCUUUGUAUUUGUAGUUAAGGCUGAAUGGCAUCGAUCUAGCUCUGAGAAACUAAGAUUGACAAGAAGCAAAUUAUCUGAAACAUCCUUUCAUUUCAGUUUGUUGAAGCUAGUUGAGGGAGGUCGAAAUGUGAUCUACCAUUAGAAUAAUUAAAAAGCACACUUAUACAUCUAGAGUACAUUUGGUGCAGACUGAAAUGUGAACUGAAUAAAGGAUGAUGAUAUUUGGACUGAGGUACAUUUAGGAGCACAAAGGCAGUGGUAAUAUUUAUUUCAUUUUAUUGCUGAGAGACAUUCAUUGAAAGGUUUGCACUUUUAUUUCCUAUUUUGAUAAUUUUUUGUGAUGAUAGAACUUAUUGGUUUAUGGGUCUGUUGUUUGUCUUCCUGUAAUGUUCUCUAGCAGCCUGUAGUUUCAAUGAAGAGAGGGAUGCACUUCCCAAAAAAAAAAAAACACAAUAAAGCAAUCCCACCCUGAGAUACAAAGUCCUUAGGCUUUUCAGGUUGUGAGUGUGUGUUGUAUUAUCAUUUAUUUUUAUGUUUACAUAAUGACAUCGAUGCAGUUACAUCAGGGUUGAACUAUAUAAAGUUUAUAAAUAUGUAAAUAUAUUUAAUUUUAAUUCUGAUAUUCACCUCAAGGUGUUUUUCAGAAAUUCCUGUAUUUUAAAAAAGUUUGUCUGUUAUCCAACUUUUACUAAGAAAACCCUCCGCUGGUCAGUUCAGCAUUCAAAGACCUAAGACAAAUGAAAAUACACAGCAACAGGGAGGGAAAGUAUUGCUUCACUGCUUCCAUUUUGAGGCUUUUCAAAUAUUUGCAGCUUGAAUAGGGAAUAAAAAACUCGUACUUUUUCCUUAUUGAUUGUGUUUGCAGUGUUUUUGAGCUGUAGAGUCUCCCAAAAGUGUUUUGUAAGGGAAGACUAUAAUUUUUAGAUUAGAUGUAGAAUUUAUUACUCAGUCAAACGAUUGUUUUUAGAAAGAAAAAAAAUGAGAAAGCACAAUGGAGUAAAAGAUAUUUCUUGUCGCUUCAGAAAUUCUACAAAUGAUAAUUUCUCUGUUAUUUAAUUUUUCUUGAACUACUAACCCCCCACCCACCCCACUAGGAAAGGAUAAAAAUAUACGUGUCUUUUAUCCUCGUGAAAGGUCUGGCAGAAGUGCUUUUCCUAUGACCAGUUUCAGGCGUUUAAGAGGUUCUGCGUUACAAUCAGAUAAAUUAGCAGCAUUUUCCAAAACGACAAUGCUGCUUUUUAUUUUUUUACAGUGGUAUUUAGCAUUGGAAACAUAAUUAUUCGUAAGAAAACAAACAAAAACAGGGCAUGAAUAUUAAAUGAGCUGCAUGCUGAUUGGCCAGUUUGCCCCUGUAAUGUUAGAUUAAAUAGCAUGAAGUCAGGCCAUUUCAUGGCGUUACACCCUGAUGGCUCUUUGACUGCCUGAAGCUAGAAACUCUACAACUGUGUACUGUAUCCAGAUUACUCAACAGGUAAAACAUGGAUCCAUCUGGCACAUUAUCUUUUUUUAUUGGUCGGUUUUCUUUCCCCAAGCAAUCUGGCUUUGUCCUCGUAAUCUGGUUUGGACCUGGUACCCAUUUUCCCCGGGUACCCCGGUUUUCUCCAAGUACUUUCUUUUUCUGGGCACUCUGGUUUUCUUCUGGCACUCGUUGUUUCCAUUAUCUGCAGUUUUCUCUGGUUCCUGGUGUUGCGGUUUUCUAUAAGUACUUUGAUUUUCCAUGGUUACUCCAAUUUUCUCCUUUUAGUCUGGUUUUCUCCAGGUACUACAGUAUUUUCAGGUGUUCUGUACUUACUCCAGUUUUCUUUCAACACUCCACGUUUCUCCUGGGACCCUUUUUUGCUUCCGUUAUUCAGAUUUCUCCAAAGUAUUCCAGUUUUAUUUCAGGUAUAAUUUAGUUUUCUCUCUUUAACCAAAAUUAUAUGUUAACUAAUGUGGUUAAAAUUGCCUCUGAUGAAACUUUGUAUGUACGGUAAUUACUAAAUCUCCUAGGAGUACAAGAGGCAUCACUGUACAUGGAGUUUGUGCUACUUCAAAGUUUUUCUGUUUUAUGCAUUCAAACUACUUUUAAUUAGAUUUCAAAGUUUGGUGUUAAAAUGCUCAAAUGUUGGAAGAGAUUAUGGUGGCACGCUUUUGACAAAUAUAUUAUAGAAACCGAGCCGUUGCUAAAAUCAGCCUUCCCUCAACUACUGACAUUCAUUCUGUCAUGAAUGCAUUCACCGGAUUUCGCAAAUUAUUUCUAAACAAAAGGUAACAAAUUAAGCCACAGAUUUUGCACUUUGCUGUAUUUUACUUUUACAACUACUAAUAAAUAAAUAAAUAAAUAAAUAAAUAAAUUAAUAAUAAUCAGAGACUCUUCAUGGACUGUGCCAACUGAUUUUGAUUGUAAAAAAAAAUUAAGAUUAGUCAGUUCUUUUUACAGAUGUUACUUGAUAUUAUCAAAAAUAUUGACUUAAUCAAAGAGAAUUUUCCCCAGUGAAGCAGUUGUGUUGAACUUUGUCCUGAAAGUUUGUUGAAACAAAGUUAAUUUGACUACAUUUUGCUGACAUGCUCUUUCAUAACCUUGUUUUUCAGUUGUUCUAGUUUUAAAACGUAGAUACAGAUUUGCACAGCUAAAAUUACGGAGGCUAUCGCGUCCUAUCAGAGGGAUAAUCAAAUGUUUUUGUUUAGAUUUGGACAUAACACAAAAAGGACAUUGCUUCUAGACUGUAACUGGACCCUAGGUGAUUGUUUGAUUGUUUUCUGUUCUUAAUACAGAUUAUAAGACUGUGGGCUUUGCAAGCGUUCUCACCAUGUGCCUUUAUCAGAAGUUAAAAAAGGAGAAAUUGUGUUUUCAAGGAUUUUCACCUAAUAGAAGUGGAUAUAUUUCUUAUUUAGUUUCGAUAACUCCUUCUGUCCCUUUGCAUAAAAUGACUUGUGAAGGAAGCAAAGUGCCUAGUGUCUGAACACGAUGUUAAAGAACAUGUUGAUGUAAAUGUUAAUUUACCUCAAAUGUUUACGGAAUCGUUUCUGAAUAAACUUUUUGUACCAUAAACCUUAUUUGUUCAUCUUUGUUUAUUACUUCUUUUUUUUUACCUAUUUAUUUGAUUUGAACAAACUUAAAGGUGUGGAACAGAAGUGCUUCUAUCAGCAUGGAGAAGAAAGUAGUUUCAGAUGACGGAUUUGUCGAGAGGAAAAUACAAUCAAUGCAUACAUCUUUUGUUUAAAAAAACACUUGUUUAGUAAACAAUUCUAGCAGUUUUUGAUCAUUUAUUUUUAUGUAUUCAAUAUGUGGCUUCCAACUGAGCCUAUAUGGUCUAAAAUAACUCCCAAGAAAUGUAUUUCAUAUAUCCUUCCAAUUUCUACACCGUUUAGCUUUAUUUUUAUUUCACCGUUAGUCUCGACACUCCCAAAAAUCACAAACAUUUUCUUUAGGUGAUCAUUUAUCAGUGUCCAACCAGUAUUUUGACCUAACCAAGUCUUCUUCUACAAAUGGACACCGGUGGCACAGGAGUUAAGUGCUCAUCCCAUAAUCAGAAGGUUGCAGGUUCGAGCCCCGCUCAGUUUGUCGCUGUCGUUGUGUCCUUGGGCAAGACACUUAACCCACAUUGCCUGCUGGUGGUGGUGAGAGGGACCGGUGGCGCCAGUGCUCGGUAGCCUCCCCUCUGUCAGUGCGCCCGAGGGCAGCUGUGGCUACAUUGUAGCUCGUCCCCACCAGUGUGUGAAUGUGUGUGUGAAUGGGUGAAUGACUGAUUGUGUUGUAAAGCGCCUUGGAGGGGUUCCAGGACUCCAGAAGGCGCUAUAUCAAAUACAGGCCAUUUACCAUUUACCAUUACAAGUUUCAACAAUACUCCUCCUUGAACCGUCACCUUAUCGUGGUGGAGGAGUUUGAGUGCCCUAAUGAUCCUAGGAGCUAUGUUGUCUGGGGCACUUAGUGCCCCUGGUAGGGUCUCCCAUGACAAAUUGGUCUUAGGUGAAGGGUGAGACAAAGAACGGUUCGAAGGAUCUUUCAUGGCGGUUAAAACGAAGAGUCGGAGUACCCGGCCCGGAGGGUUACCGGGGUCCCACCCUGGAGCCAGGCCUGGGGUUGGGG